UCGGAGUGGAUCAACAAUAGCUCUCCUUGUUUUUUUAAAAAAAAAAAUAAGAAAGCACGAGCUCAGCGCCAUGGCGCCCGCCAACGUGCAACACACAAGCACUAACCAGCAGACCAUGCUGGAUGCUCAGCUCCAGCUCUGGCACCACACCAUCGGCUACGUCAAGUCCAUGGCGCUCAAGGCCGCCGUAGACCUCCGCAUAGCGGACGCCAUCCACCAGCAUGGCGGCUCAGCCACCCUACCACAGAUAGUCACCAAGGUCACACUCCACCCGUCCAAGAUACCUUGCCUGCGGCGCCUCAUGCGUGUUCUCACUCUUACCGGCGUCUUCAGCGUCCACGCCGGCGGUGAUGAGCCCGUUUACGGGCUCACGCCGGCGUCCCGCCUUAUGGUCAGCCCGGGGCCGAACCUGACUCCGUUCCUGACCUUGUUGCUUAGCACUUUCUUCGUGUCCUCCUUCCUCGACCUCAACGAGUGGUUCCAGCACGAGACGGGCCCGUCCCCGUUCGAGCUGGCGAAUGGCCGGGACAUAUGGGCCCUGUCCGGCCACGACGCGAGCUUCGGCAAGCUCUUCGACGACGGGAUGGUCGCGGACAGCGGUUUCAUCAUGGAAGUCGUGGUCAAGGAGUGCGGCGACGUGUUCCGAGGGGUCGGCUCCCUCGUCGACGUCGCCGGCGGGCUCGGUGGCGCCACCCAGACCAUCGCGAAGGCUUUCCCGGACAUGGAGUGCAGCGUGCUGGACCUCUCACACGUCGUCGCCAAUGCUCCCACCGACACCACCGUGAAGUACAUCGCCGGCGACAUGUUCGAGAGCAUUCCUUCGGCAAACGUUGUCUUCCUCAAGUGGAUUCUGCAUGACUGGGGUGAUGCCGAAUGCGUGAAGAUACUGAAGAACUGCAAGAAGGCUAUAGCGUCUCAAGAAGAAGGGAAGGUAGUGAUACUGGAUAUGGUUGUUGGAGCAGGGUCAUCCGACGAGAAGCAUGUGGAGAUGCAAAUCGUAUUCGAUCUCUUUAUGAUGUUUAUCAAUGGCACUGAGCGAGAUGAGACGGAGUGGAAGAAGAUCAUUUUUGAAGCCGGGUUUAGCCGUUACAAGAUCAUACCUGUUCUCGGUGUUCGGUCGAUAAUCGAGGUCUACCCAUGAAAAUCUAUGCAACUCAAGUAUACUGUGUGAUGUGAGUGAAUAAUCUGCGUGUGAAAUCAAAACUAGGUGUGAAGAAGUGAGUAUACUGUAUGCACGCGUGAAUAAAUCUGCGUGUGAAAAACUAGGUGUGAUGAAGUGUUCUGCCAUGUGCUUGCUUAUUUCGUUGCUAAAUGUAUUUCAUGUACUCUUGUCUGUUCUAAAUUAUAAUAAAAUAUAAAGGUUUGACGUUUGAGAUUUUUAA